AUGCAGAAGGUACCAGACAGAGAACCUCAGGUGAGAAAGUGGGUCCAAGAGUUCGUCCUUCACGCGGUCCUGCCGGCUCGUUUGAUGGAGAGGACUGUUGGGAAGUCAGCAUCAUCCAGUCAGUGUGAAGACCCUGAUACAUACAACCCCACAGGAACAGCCCACAUGUACACAACACACUUUCCUUGUUCCAGGAAAAAUACUGAACGUGUUACGUAUGCAUGCAUGCAUGCUCAGCUGUGUCCGACUCUUUGCCACCCCAUGGGCUAUAGCCCGCCAGGCUUCUCUGUCCAUGGGAUUCUCCAGGCAAGAAUACUGGAAUGGGUUGCCAUUUCCUUCUCCAACAAUACAUAUAGAUAUAUUUAA